GGUUCUGUUUUUACGUGAAGCAGGUGUUUCGUAUUCAAAGAGUGAGUGAACGAGGAUUCGAGAGGACUGUGUUGGAAUAACGAGAAUUUUAGCGACAGAGUGAUGUCGGGCGAUAAAGGGCAGAAUGGAGAUGUAGUUUUGCCACAGACAUACAUAGUCAAAUAUUUAGGAACCCGAGACGCAAGAGGCCUAUGGGGCAUAAAACACACACGCCAUCCUGUGGACGAAUUAGUGGCACAAGCCAGAUCUUUGCAAUGUGGCACCACCCUGCCUUACCUACGGCUUGAAGUGUCCGGUAAGGGCGUGUACCUAUCCGCCAUGCCACAAAACCAAAAUCAGAAUUUCACACCUGGUCUAUACCCUAUUGAAUCCAUUUCAUAUGGUGUCCAGGAUCUUGUGUAUACAAGGGUAUUUGCCAUGAUAGUUGUAAGAGACGGGGGUAAUAUGCUGGACAAACAUCCUUUUCUCUGUCACGCUUUUGUCUGUGACAGUCGACAGAAUGCCAGAUCAUUAACUUUGACUUUAGCCAAAGCCUUUCAAGACUAUAGUAGAUCAGUCAAAGGCUUACCUUCCCCAAGGAAGUUUGCUAUUGAUCUUAGAAGUCAAGAAGAGAUUCAAGCGGAUCUGGAAAUACCUCAAGAAUCGCAUGCAUAAUGAAGUGUGUUAUUGAUAAUUAUGGACCGAUUCUCGCAACAGACGAUCGAUUUCGACAGUGAGAAUGACGUCAGAGACAAUUUACAGUUGAUAUUUCAUCGCUUCAGAAGUAAUAGAGCUGUUAAAGACAUUUUUUUGUAUCUUCGCGUCACUGUAAAUAGGUCUUAAGAUGAGUGAAUUGGUGUGUUUCACGAGACGGAGCUUUGGAGCCCGCUAAAUAAUUUCCUCAACUUUUUAAGAAGUUAAUCGUUUACCGGUUAACGAUUUUUAAUCGUUUAACCAUUGAUUUUUCGGUUGAACCAAGUGAUAAUUUUCAUAUAACGUCAUUAAUCUUUAUUUAAUAAUAAUUCGCUUACAAUAUUUUAGUAAAUAUUUCUUUCAGAAAAUUAAAAUUCAUUAAAAAAGUUAAUAAUGAAAUAUAUUUUACUUUUUUUGCAAACUUGUGGAAUAUUCCAACUGAAUGUUCUAUUUACCAACCAAUCAUAUUCUCAUUUUCUAAUGUAUAUUUUACAUAAACUUUUAUUUGGAUAAUAAAGUUACAAAAAAAUAUUGUCGGUGCAGCGUUGGAAAACAUUAAAUAUUAAAGUGAGAAGUUUGCUUUCAAAACAUUUGAAUUUAAUACAAGAUUUUUUUAUUCGUAACAAAAAAAAUAAGGAAAGAGCACCUCCACUCCUUUAUUUCGUUAAAAACUGUUUAAACUUUUCGGUUUGUUUAAAAACGGCAUCGUUAAAACAGUUUGGAGCGGGCUCCUAAAGCUCCAUCUCAGGGAACUGGCCCAAUACUUAAGAAAGAUGUCUGAGAACGUUAGUUGCGAAAACAACACGCCAACCUGCCCAUUUGCAAAUAGAAGAUUUGAUCUUAGAAGGAUGGAAACUUAAAUUUAUAACACACUAUGAAAAAGGUAUUAGAUGGUUUGAUAUUAAUUAUCUCUAUCUGUACACCAUAAAAUGUGGUUCAAAUUAGAAAAACGUUAGGUAAAAACAACGUUUAAAUUUCAACGUUAUGUAAAACAUUUGAAUUCGAUAAUGUUUGAUCUAAGUUAAGUUAAAUCUGAAAAAUCUGAUUUACUUUUUCAAUAUUUAACAAAAAAUUAGGUUAAUGUAUAGAAAACUUAACCUUCUGCAGUCAGAGUACUUCAAUAAGCUGUUUGAAGUAAUGCAAACACUAAAUGAUUUAAAUUACAUAGUUUACGAUUUCUAAUAUUCAAAAAAUAAUGUGUGACAAUGAAAGACAAAAAUUCUCAAUUUUGAAGCUAAAUUUUAAAUUUCUUCUUCUAAAUUUAAGAUUUGAGAAUUUCGAUUUUACUGUAUAGGUAUCAGCAGAAUUCAAAAGGUUAAAACCGCUAGAUUUCGAUUUUUAAUGUUUUUCAUAAGUAAAAUAUGGAAAUAAUUCUAUCCGAGAUCGAAAUAGUUAUAUUAUAGAAUUAGGAAUCCCUAAGAUUGUUUUACAGUUCUAAUAUUUUAAUAACGUAAAAGUGUUUACAUUUGUUUUUCUAAUUGAUUGAAACACUAUUAAAAACUAACUAAUCAGCAGUCUAAACUUCAAAAUAUAUCUAAAUUUCUUUAAAAUCGAGACAACAUAUCAAAAUUAUAGUAACAGAGAAUUAACCCCUUGACUUAUCAUUUUGAAACUCAAAACUGGGCGGAAUUAUUAAUUUCUUGAUAUAGAAAUGAUCUUUGAUAGCACUGUAAACAACUCGAAACGGAAUGUUGAAAGUUGAAGACGUCUGAGACACGUCAAUUAUUGUUUUGACAUAAGAAACAAAUGACGUCUUUCAGACGUCUUCGUAUUUCAAGGGGUUAAUUCCUUAGUUAUAAUGGAAAAUAAAUAGUAAAUUAAAUUACAUGAAAUUUAAUUGCUAUCUAAUAGUAAUUUAAUUUUAAUUUAAUGGUAAAUUUAAUAUUAUGUAACAGUAAUUAAAUUAGUGAAAUAAUAUUUUAAAAAAAUUAAACAUCUGAAAAAAUUAGGUCAAUAUAGAAAGCAUAAAACCGCUAGCUUUCGAUUUUUAAAUGUUUUUAAUAAAUAAAAUAUGGAAAUAUCUAUCAGAAAUUGAAAUAGCUAUGUUAUAGAAUUAUUAAUCUCUAAGAUUGUUUUACAGAUUUAAUAUUUUAAUAAUAACGUAAAAGCGUUAACAUUUUAUUUGAAAUUGAUUGAAGCAUUAUUAAAAAUUAACUAAUCAGCAGUCUAAACUUUACAAAGUAAUUAUAAUGUUUUUAAUUUCCCCCCAAAAAAUCUAGAUAAUACACCUAAAUUGCAUUAACAGAGAGUAAUAUCUUCCUUAGAAUUAGGAAGAAAUAGUAAAAAGAUUGUCAGUUGAGUGCAAAAAACUAAAAUCAAUGUUUACCUCAUACAUAAGACUUUCAUCAUUUAAUUUAUUUAAAACAUAAUUGAUUGAAACAUUGUUUAAAAUUAAUUAAUCACCAGUGUAAACUGUAAAAAUAAUUAGAAUUUUUGAAAAAAAUUUUUCGUUAAAAUCUAGAUAAUAUAUCUAAAUUAUAGUAACAGAUAGUUAAUUAUAAAUAAUAGUACGUAACAGAGAGUAAUUUUUGUUAGAAUGGAGAAGAAACAGUGAAUUAAAAAGACUGUGAGUUGAGGGCAAAAAACUAAAGUUUUUUUUAUUUUUUUUUAUCUCAUACAUAAUUUUUCAUCGCUUACUCAGCUUCGGGCUUUUCGUACAUUUUUUUUACUUAACCCUUUUGAAUAUAAGUAGGCCCAAUCGUUAAAGUGUACCAUCAUACCAACAUAACGCAGCCUGGAAUGCUGUAAUAUGAUGGUAUCUGAGCAUUUGUAAUUUCCUUUUGAUUUUAUUAUUUUAAAAAAGGGAAAGAUUGUGAUAUUCAAUUGUAAAUAAAGUAUUUUUUAAAAAAAUAAAAGACUUCCAAUUUUUCAA